AUGCUUUACAUCGUUAAAAAUUUUAAUUUUAAGUACAAGUUUUUUAUUUUUUAUAAAAGUUGUUUUUAUCCAUUUAAUUUUAUACAUUUUCGUGUUUUAAAUACAAAUCCAUUUAUAGAUUUUUUCGUAAAUAAAAGGAACACGUUGAAGGUUUUAUUCAAUGAUUUAUAUUCUUCUCCUGUUUGUUUCAACUUAUGCACUCGAUCAGUGUUAUAUCAAAGAUGCUACUCGCAACUGUUUCAAAUAUUACGACCAAAUUGGAAACUACACAUGCGAUCAAAUUUAGUUAUAACUGAAUCUGGGUUAUUAUGUCGAGGUGCUUUCAAAGGUCGAACUGUUUUUACUUCGGUUAUUUUAGAACAAAUUACUUCUGUUGACGAUUAUGCAUUUGAAGGAUGUUCCAAUCUUGAAACCUUUAUAUUUAAAAUGUAUGAUGGUAGUUCAUUAACGGGUUAUAUAGGAAAGUUUGCAUUUGUUGGAACCAAGUUGAAAUCCAUCAAUUUGAAUAGUAUUAAACUAAUCGAUGAAAGUGCUUUUGCUGGGCUUACUUCUCUCCAACAAAUCACAUUUUAUAAAUAUUUUCCUUAUACAAUUAGAAAGAAUGCUUUUAGAAACAGUGGACUUCAAACGAUCAAAUAUUCAAUAGGAGUUCCUUAUAUUUAUAUGCAUCUUUCAAUAGUUGAUGAAUAUGCUUUCAGUGGUACUCAAUUGGAGACUUUUACACUUUAUAAAAACUCGAAUAUGUACAUCGGAAAGGGUGCAUUUUCUAAUAUGACCAAUCUUAAGCACUUUAACAUGAGUGGGUGCCCUACCAUAUCCGAAGAAAUGUUUGCUGGAGAUAUAUUACUCGAAAGAAUAUCACUUUCAGAAGAAGUUAACCGUCUUGGGAAAAACGCAUUGAAAGAUUGUGUAAAAUUGACUAAGCUUCAUCUUGGAAAUGUAAUUACUUUCCAAGAUAAUUUGCAGUAUAUUACCGAACUGUUUUAUCAUGGUGUAAAAGCCCCUACGGGUGUUUUAGGCGGAAUCAGUUUGAAUUCUGCUAUGAAAGUAUAUGUAAAUAAAAAUUACUCUCCAGCAAAUCUCAAAUUCUUAACUUUGACUGCAACAAAAUUGAGUUGUAAUAAAGACCAAAGAUAUGAUUUCAAUACCAGUACUUGUGUUGCUUGUGAAAAUUAUUAUUUCACUUAUGAUGGAUGUGGUGAUGAAUGCAAUAUAUAUACCUCUUCUUGUAAUUGGAAAGAUCAAACAUGUUUAGACUAUUUCUGUAGUGGUUAUGCUUGUGACAGAUGCAACGUGGCUGGAAAAAAAGUGUUUAAUUACACCAGUCAAACAUGCACUGAUAUGUGUUACACAACGUUAGGUUAUUAUUUUAUGGGUGACGGCAGAACGUGCAAAAAAUGUCAUAUUUCAAAUUGUUUGCAAUGUAGUGAAAAGGAAAUAAUGGAUCCAAAUACGUAUUUUGCAUAUAAAAGCACCAAGUGUACAUUUUGUAUGCCCCCAAAUAUUGUGACAACAAGUGGUAAGGUUAUGAUUAUUAUGUUGAUAUUAAUGGGCAACAAGUUUGCCAAAGAUGUAUGGAUAUUUUAA